AUGGCCAGGGCACUGGAGCUUGGCAGGAGCCUGCAGGGCACCGUGCAUCACGUCCCCUCCAGAGCCAGCUCCACCCCGAGCGCAGGGUUUAAAUCCAGCCGGGGCGGCUGGGGGAGCUCAGACCUGGCUCCCGGCAGCACCAUGAAGCCAGCAGGCACCGUCCUCCUCCUGGGGCUCCUGGCCCUCAGGGCAGAGCUGCAGACUGUGCCCAGGGAGAAGCCCGGCGUCUGCCCCUCCUCAGCACCCGGCGCUCUGGAUCCCUGCUUCUUCCCCUGCUCCAGUGAUUACAGCUGCCCGGGGAGUCAGAAGUGCUGCCUCAUCCCCUGCGGCUAUGCCUGCCUCGACCCCCUGCCCGCACCCAGGGACAUCUGCAGGCUCCCCCCAGACCCAGGUCCCUGCCCUGAGGCCAUCCCACGCUGGUUCUACCACUGGCCAUCCCGGCGCUGCAGGAGGUUUGAGUACGGCAGCUGCUCCGGCAAUGCCAACAACUUUGAGACCAAACGCAAGUGUCUCUGGGCUUGUGCAAGCCACGGGCGCAGGGCCGCCUGCCCAGAGCCGCAGGGAGUGGGGCUGUGCGUGGAGCUGUGCGGGGCCGGCGGGGCUUGCGGGGAAGGAGAGAAGUGCUGCAGUAACGGCUGCGGGCACCAGUGCAUGAGAGUGACAGGAGGGCCCCCCUAAGUGCCCGGACCACCUGGGAUGGGCGGCUUCAGCACAAGAUGCCUCGCCAGGACCGGACCCAGCCCCCGGAGCACCCCCGCCCGGCCCCUGUGCGUCUCCAGCUGCUGCUUGGCUCCCUGGUGACCCAUGGGAAGGGGCGGUGCAAAUCACUGGAGGGGCCUGAGCAAGCCCCCUGCCAUGACACCCCUUCCCUGGGGAGCGGGGUCCCCCGAGGGUGCGAGUGGGGGAAGGGGCAGGAGCUGAGGCUCUGGCCAUGGGUCCCUGGGCCCCUCCUUUUCCCAAUAAACACUGAUGG